CCGUGACGAACGCCUGUCAUAUGACUGUGACACUCAUGGAGACGGUUACAAGGAGCAAGAUUUGCUCUCAGACUUGAAAAAAAGGACAGAAGAGAUCCUCUGAACCGAAUUAUUCUUUUUUUGGGGUACAAAAUGCCUCCGACUCUCUUCCAAAAACUUUUCAACAAGAGGAAUGCAUUUUCGUGUCCGCUGCCGCGAUGCAGCAAAGAGGACCCAGCUUUCAGCUGGCCGAUCCCCCAGCUGGAGCCCAGUCAGAUCCGGCUGAUCGUCUACCAGGACUGUGAGCGGCGCGGCAGGAACGUCCUCUUCGACUCCAGCGCCAAAAAGAGGACCGCGGAGGAAACGCCCAUCACCAGCAAUGAAGGCCAGGCAAAAAUGUUCGGGAGGUGCUGCCAGCUGCGUCCCACUGGAGGCAGCAGCAGUUCCCUGGACAGCUCCUCCUCCUGCACCUCCGAGACCAAGGAGACCAAGGAGCAGGGCAUCCGCUUCCAGGGUUCGAGGUGUUCGUCCGACGUGGGGAUGUUGGGGGAGAUGAUGUUCGGCUCGGUGGCUAUGAGCUACAAAGGUUCCACGCUAAAGAUCCACCAGAUCAGAUCGCCUCCUCAGCUGAUGCUGAGUAAGGUCUUCACUGCCAGGACGGGGAGCAGCGUGUACGGCAGCCUCAACACGUUACAGGACAGCCUCGAGUUCAUCGGACAGGACGGCAACGCCUUAAGACCCGAUCAGAACACAGGACCCAACAGCCACCUGGGGAACAUAGGACUUUCUCAGCUGUGCAGCCCGAGGCGGGCCUUCUCUGAACAGGGCCCUCUGCGCCUCAUCAAGAGCGCCUCUUUCUUUUCAGGCCACAGUCACCCCAUGGACAUGCCCGGCCGAGGGCUCCACGAGGAGAGGGACAGCGGCAUCGCCAGGUCAGCGUCUCUGAGCAGCCUGCUCAUCACCCCCUUCCCGUCUCCCGGCUCCUCCCUGACCAGCAGCUGUGCGUCCAGCUACCAGCGCCGAUGGCUCCGCAGCCAGACCACCAGCCUGGAGAACGGAGUCUUCCCCCGCUGGUCGGUGGAGGAGAGCUUCAACAUGUCUGACGAGAGCGGAGUGCCGAGCCUGGGCGUGGCCCGGAAGAAGAAGAUCGCCAUCGGGGUCAUCUUCACGCUGUCCCCCAACCCCGAGGAGAACAGCCGCUUCCAGGACUUCUUCUUCUCUCACUUCCCCCUCUUCGAAAGCCACAUGAACAAACUCAAGAGCGCCAUCGAGCAGGCCAUGAAGAUGAGUCGGAGGUCAGCUGACGCCAGCCAGAGGGCCUUGGCCUACAGCCGGAUGGUGGACGGGCUCAACGAAUUCAGGAGGACCAUCUGCGACCUGUACACCAUGCCGCGGGUGGCCGAGCCCGUCUGGCUGACCAUGAUGUCCGGGGCGUCGGAGAAGAACCAGCUCUGCGGCCACUUCAUGAGGGAGCUCGCCCUGCUGAUGGAGCAGGCCUCCAAGAACCAAUUCCUCCCGGCGUUAUUGACGGCCAUCCUGACCAAUCACCUGGCCUGGGUGCCCACCGUGAUGCCCAACGGGCAGCCCCCCAUCAAGAUCUUCCUGGAGAAACACUCCUCCAAGAGCGUGGACAUGCUGGCAAAGACACACCCCUACAAUCCGCUGUGGGCGCAGCUGGGAGACCUGUACGGCUCCAUCGGCUCGCCGGUGCGCCUGUCCAGGACGGUGGUGGUGGGCCGCAGACAGGAGCUGGUGCAGAGACUCCUCUACGUCCUCACGUACUUCAUCCGCUGCUCCGAGCUGCUGGAGACCCACAUGCUGGACAGCGCCGAGGACGAGGCCAUCGUCAUGCCCGGCUCCCUCAUCACCACCUCCCUGAGGAAAGGGGAGGUGGAGGAGUCCGACUACGUCCUGGUCACCGUCCACAAACCCAGCGGGGACUACCUGUCCCACGGGGCCCAGGGCCGGCAGGCCGAGGGGGAGGACGGCAGCUGCCCUUCAGACAACAGCCUGCAGAGCAGCACGUACACGGACACGGAGGUGGAGUGUGGCGCCGGGAACGCGCCCAACGAGGAAGAUCAGGAGGAGGAGGAGGAGGAGGAGGAGGACAGCAGUCAGAGUCACGGGUCAGGGAGCAGUGUGCUUCAGACGGGACGCGUCAUACGGACCCCAGAGGCAGCCGAACCAGGGGGGGCGCACGCAGAGCCCAGCAACCCGCCGGCCGCCGAGGUCCGGCUGGAGGCGGUGCUGCGCGUCUGCUCGGCGCCCCCCGGGGAGCAGGUCUGUGUGCUGGAUUCAGAGACCAAGGGAGACCGCCCCGUCCCACCUGCACCCUCGACUCUUCCACCAAGUCCGUCCCUGACCCGUGUCGACGCAGAGGGGGCUACCUGCAGGGACCCGCCCUCCGUGGUGCCGUCUCCGCAGGCUUUAUGGCCCCCCCUUGAGAAGAAGCCCCCAGAUAAGAACCAGGCGGCUGGCGUGCCGGGGACCAUGGCUUUGACUCUCACGGAGGAGGAGGAGGAGGAGGAGCCCGCAACCAAGGUCACCUUCCUCAUCGGCGACUCCAUGUCUCCUGAGUCGGACACGGAGAGCCGCAGACGGCAGGUGGAGGAGGCUUACAAGAAACACCAGCUGGAGCAGCAGCAUCGCCUCGGGCAACUCCAUCCGCCGCGGAGACGGGCGGAAUCGACGACCAGCAGCUCCGACGCAUCGGGGGACCAAACCAAAACGACCAAGGCGGCGCCGGCGCUGCAGCGGGUGUCCAGUACGUGGACGGCGACCUGCCUGGAGGAUUUCGGGGCGUAUUCCAGCCAGCAGGAGCCAGUGGAGACCAGGACCACGGACCAUGCGGACCGGUGGCAGGAGGCCGGCACCGGGGGCCGCUCACCGGACCCCGCGGGAGCCCCCCCGCACCGGGGUCUGGCAGGUCACGGCUUUCGUGGUGAUCAGGGUCUGGCCGUCUGUUUGGGUAGCGGCGGAAAGGGGGGCAGUUUGUCGCAGGUCGAGAGGAGGUGCGGGUGCGGCUCCACGGACUUCUCCGACGCCUGCUGCUGCGGGGGCUGUUCUGCCAAGCAGGACGAGGGCCCCCCGUUGACGAGCCCCGCCCCCCAGGGCUGCGACGGCAAAGAGGACCAAAAGCGCAAGGCGGCGCCCGCCAACGAGUGGGAGAUACCGCGCAACGAGAGCUCGGACAGCGCGCUGGGGGACAGCGAGAGCGAGGACACCGAGGACUGGCAGGAGGAGGUGCUGGUGCCGUUCCCUGGGUCGAAGCUGGUGGAAAACUACUCGAAGCCGAGCAUCGCAAACUUCGGCCCGUCUCUGUUCCGGGGGCUACUGCCCCCACAUACGUGCCGGACUUCGUACAUGCACGGGUUGCCUAGCGACGAGAAGCUGCGGCAGUCUCUCACGGCUGAGUUAACCCACGCUGUUCAGGGUAAACACCCAGUGUUGGACGAGCCCAUAGCCGAGGCCGUCUGCAUCGUAGCAGACACAGACAGGUGGACGGUGCAGGUGGUGAGCAGCCAGAGACGGGCCAUGGACCCCAACAAGCUGGGGAAGGAGGUGCUGGUGUCCUGCCUGGUGUCCAGCCUGCUGCAGUCCACCCACCAGCUCUACAAGCUCAACCUCUCGCCCAACUUUUGCAUCAUGCACCUGGAGGACCGGCUGCAGGAAAUCUACUUCAAGAGUAAGAUGCUCGCCGAGUACUUGAAGGGGCAGACGAGAGUGCACGUGAAGGAGCUGGGCAUGGUGUUGGGAAUCGAGUCCAGCGACCUCCCCCUGUUGGCGGCCGUGGCCAGCACCCACUCCCCCUACGUGGCCCAGAUCCUGCUGUGAGCCCCCCCCCCUCAACGUGCUGUAGUGCAGAGGUUGCAUGGGGUGGAGGGCUAACGGAACCAACCUCCUCCAGCUGCUUGAAUGUUGAAAACAGAAACUCUUUGUUUUCUUUUCGGACCUAAAAACCAAAGACUUUCUCCGCGGUGAGGAGGAACCUUCAGGACGACAGCCGAGUUCCUGCUGCUGCUUCUCUUUGCUUUUCUUCUCUUUGUACAAUCUUAAACACAAGGGACGGAGGUUCAAACCACUUGCGGGUGAAUAUCUCUGAGAUCAUCAAUCUCUUGCCAGUUUUGUUAUUUCUUAUUUUCAUGCAUUUGUUUACGAGCCACAUUUCUUAAAGGUCUCGUUUGGCGGUGGUUUUAUUUGGGCUCAGAGGGGCUGUAACAUUCUGACCACAGGUCCAGCUCUACCUCAGACGUCCUCACGGGCCGGUGACGUCACGACUUCCCGCUCUUUUAAUCGGAGGACUCCAUGCUGUGUUCUUCUCCCUCAAAACAAAAGGGAACGUUCGUCACAAAUUCGGAUCGUCGUCACGACAAAAUAUUUUUGCAUCAGAACGCUUCAACGACCCAAAUGCUGAAGUAUUUUCACAUUUUUAUAGGCGCCUUUUUCUUACGAUGUUCAUGGCUUCAAGGGGGGAAACACGCCGCUGUGGGAGGAAAUAUAAAUAAAUAUAUAUAUAUAAUAUAAUAUAUAUAUAUAUAUAUAUACUGGUUAACACUAUUUUCACUCACGAAGAUACUAAACUACAGCAGCGCACCUUUUUAUCCUUUUUGUUUCCCAGCGACGCCGACGGAAGAUUCUGUCUUUUUUUUUUUUUUUUUUUUUGUCUGAGUGCGAUUUGAUUCAUUUGAUUUGAUUCAUUUGAUUUGAUUUGAUUUGCUUUGGUAAAAUUCAUAACGACCAAGCUCGUUAAAGAACAAACACCUGUAUUAUUAAAAGAGUCCUUGCCAGGGCAGGUAUCUUGGGGCCUGUAUUUCUUCCUCUGAACCCCCCACAUUCUGAGCCCGGUCUUAACAGAUCUUCUGUCGGUGGAAUCGAUCCCAGACGCUGCGCAUCAGCCAUCACCUGUAGGGAAUAAAGACUAAAGACUUUAUACGUCCGCGUUGUGUUCGAGUAACUUAUUUUGUGUGAAGCGGUUCAUAUAAACUGUACAUACGCCUGUUUACUUCAUGUAUUUGUACAGAAUGUCUCCUCCAAUUAUCUUUUUUCUCAAUUUUAUGGGAAUGUUGUGCAAUAAAGAUGGCGAUUUUAAGAA